AUGGACCAGGAUUGUCGGACGCCCAAGACAGACGAACAAAUUCGGACGAACACGAACCCCGAGCCCCUUUACUUGUUUGGAGUAGGAGACGGACUGGAUGUUCCGGGCUCGGACGCCUCUGGAGAUGGCAUUGAGCAAAACGAACCGCCAAUGUUAUUCGGCAUCAAUGUGCAUAUCCCGGACAUUGAGUACGGCUAUGAUCUGGUGAAGCUAAGUUUAUUCUCGGAUCCUGAGACCGCCCCUUUUCGCAAUAAAGACGUUAUUGGGAUGAGGUUAUUGACGGACUCAGGCUCCAACGAGGCUUUCGGACUCGUAGAGACUUGGUACAAUACCUGUUCCUUGACAUCGAGCGACUUGCACGUCGUGCCACCACUACCAACUAGAGUACUUGACGUCGGUCCUUCUGAUGGUUCAGAGGAACCGAAACUUCUCAUAACCAACGGGUUCCAUGCCUCUUAUGCCGCUCUAAGCCACUGCUGGGGAAAGCAUAGAAUCCUCACGACUACGUCCAAAAACCUGGUUCAGCACUGCAAGAUCAUCCGAUUCUCCAGCUUGGCCAAGACCUUUCAAGAUGCUAUCCAGAUUGUUCGGUUUCUCAACUUGCGGUACCUUUGGAUCGAUAGCCUCUGCAUCGUGCAGGAUGACGCCGAGGACUGGCAUAAGGAGUCGGUUCAGAUGGGUCGCAUCUAUAAAGAUUCCGAAAUAACCAUUGCCGCGUCCGGUGCGCGGGACGGAUCGGAAGGAUGCUUCGUUCCACGUCCUCCUCUACAGCCAGUUAUUCGGUUACCCUACGGAGAAGCGAAGCAAGGAGAAUACAUGUGCGCAACCCUGUUCCCCGAUGCGCUGGAUACCACUGUUAGCGAAACUCCCCUAGGAAGCCGGGCAUGGAUAACACAAGAAUGGAUGCUCUCCCCCCGCGUUAUUCACUAUACGAAAGCAAGGAUGGUCUGGGCGUGUCGCACCCUUCUCAAGUGUGAGGACGGUGAAAUUGAGACGUCUGGAGAUGAACAGAGGCUCUUUGAGAGCGCCAGGCGAUAUCGACAAGCCAAGGACGCCCUAUUGAAUUGCACUCUCGAUUUGGAGGACGAGGAGAAGCUAGGUUUCUACGCCGACUGGUGCGAUCUUGUGUCAACCUACGCCGCACGGAACCUGACGUACGAAUCGGACAAGCCUGUCGCCAUCUUGGGGCUGGCGACCGAGGUUGGCAAAGGUAUCGGCGAGACCUACACCUCUGGGGUAUUCCACGAUGAUUCUCUACUGCAUGAAGAGUUCCAUGCGCAUUGCAUACUCACCCAACUGCUUUGGUUCGCGAAAUCGACGUUGACUCGCCCGCCUGCCCUUCAAGAUCAACCGUCUUGGUCCUGGACAUCUACCAUUGGCGCCGUCUCGUUCCUCGCACCGGCCCGAACAGCGCAGAGCCGUAUUAUGGAUCUUCAUCGCGUCCAACCAAAGGCUUCGGCGUCUUCCUGGAGGUUCGUGGCCCAGUUGAAGAAGUGGGAGGCGAGGAGAGAAGGAGACCCGUCCCAUCGAUCUGGGGAUGACUACCACGCCAUGGAAUUUUAUCCCAAAGGAUCCAUCACGUACGGCGGUUUCGUGACACAGAAAACCAAACUCUUUUCUGGGAGGGACAUGACGCCUGCUGGGUGGGCGGUCUUCGACUUGGACGACUGGCCUCCGGAGCCAUUCUACCUGGCAAUGAUUUCAGCAAAUGAAUUGGACGGAAAUCCCGACGGCUUCAACGUGAUGUUCCUCGCAGAAGCAAGAACAGAUCCCGGGCUGGGAACAGACAGGCAGUUCGAGAGGCUUGGGGUCGGGCAGAUUGUCGACCAGACCUGGUUUGAUCAAGUCGAACCCGAGACUAUCAUACUCAUUUGA